GGGCAGCUUAUCGCACAAAAAUAUCGAUUACAAAUAAACUAUCAGCAAAUAUAUUCAACAUCUCAUCCCUAAUUCGCAACAAUAAUGCAGGGGGAUUGCCUGGGGCAGUGACGAUGUUGCAAACGAUGAGGCACACCACGCAGAUGAAAAAUUAAGUCAAGCAGAAAACACAACAACACCAAGAAACAACAACCACAACACAGCGGAGUUAUUUUCGGUCGCAAAUCAAAGAUUGCGGAAGCUAAGGCCCGGACCAGACACGGAAGUUAUUCUUAACACUCGACCCCUCUCUCAAGAUCAGGCCCUGAGGAGCCAUGGCCGCGGUGCUGCCCGAGAACGCAGCCGAAAUUGCCGUUGCCAAUGAAAUCAAUAACAUCAAUGGUAACCCGAAUGGAAAUGCAAAUGCAAAUGGAAAUGGAAACGCGCGUAAUCGCGGCCUGGGGGGAGGCGCCGGACAGAACAAUAUGAUGAACAUGCGGGAUCGGCUAUUCCAUGCGAUCUACUUUCGAGCGGCGGCAGCGUAUGCGGAGUUGGUGCCACGGAAGGUGCAGCUGACCAUCGAGUUUUUGCUGCUAGCCAAAGCACUGGUGUUCUUCUUCACCCUCGUCUAUGUGCAUCACGCCUUCAUUAAGAAUCCCUGCACCUGUCUGCAGCAGGUGCAGAAUUGGCCGCGAGAAGGUGUCAUCAGAGUGGAGAUUAUUCCCCAUCUGGCAGAGAAACGAGCCAUUUGGCAGAGCAUCAAGCAGGACCAGCAGGUUGUUCGCUCCCUAAAAGAUUCAUACUACUAUGACGUGGGCCCUCAGACGCUGGACAACUACAACAGACUUAGGCGCUAUGAAGCGAUCCUGCGCAAGCUGGGCUUGCCCGUUCGCCCCACCUUUGCCUACAGCAACGAGACCCUGUACUAUUACUUCGAUGCCAUCAACAUACUCGACACCUACGACCACCCCAAUGCCAUACAGCUCAAGAACGAAGACGAUGAUGAUGAGCAGUAUAUUGUCGAGUAUUCGCUGGAAUAUGGACACCUGCGCCUCUCUUCGGCCACCCGCAAGCGGCUGCAAAUACCCGUGCUCACGGUGCAAUUGGAUCCCAACACAAACGAGUGUUUCGGCGAUAGAUUAACGCGCUACUUGCUCAAGCGUCUGUUGGGCUACGAUGACUUACUGAUGGCCGCGGUGCGCACCAUAGCAGAGAAGGAGGAGAACAAGGGCUAUUUACGCAAUGUGAUCACUGGCGAGCACUAUCGCUUUGUGUCCAUGUGGUGGGCAGCUUGGAGCAGCUAUCCGGCUGCCUUUUCUGUGAUGUUACUGUUUACUUUCUCCGUUUCCAUGCUGCUGCGGUACUCGCAUCAUCAGAUCUUUGUUUUUAUAGUGGAUCUGCUGCAAAUGCUGGAGUACAAUGUGUCUGCGAGGUUCCCCAUUGCUCCGCUACUGACCGUUAUCCUGGCACUCGUAGGAAUGGAGGCCAUCAUGUCGGAGUUCUUUAAUGACACUACAACGGCCUUUUACAUCAUACUGAUUGUGUGGAUUGCGGAUCAAUACGAUGCCAUAUGCUGUCACACCAGCAUCACCAAGCGUCAUUGGCUCAGGUUCUUCUAUCUGUAUCAUUUCGCAUUCUAUGCGUAUCACUACCGGUUCAGUGGACAGUACAGGACAUUGGCACUGCUCUCGUCGUACCUUUUCAUUCAGCACUCGAUGGUGUUCUUCUUCCAUCGGUAUGAGCUGCCUGCCAUCAUGGCCCAGCAUCAGGUCUUCAUCAUCACACGCAACCAGGUGAACCCGCUUGCCGGUGCCGCUGCUGGAGCAGGAGGAGCUGGAGGAGGAGCAGCAGCAGCAGCAGCAGGAGCAGGAGCCAGAGCUGUACCUGUACCCGUGGAACAGCAGGCGGCCUUUCAACGUGUUAUCCACAUUAUGAACCGUCUUUUCAGUCAACUGGGUGCACAGCGUCAGCAACGUCAGCACCAGCAGCAGAACCUGCAGCCAAACCAGCAGCCAGUCGAGCCCCAGAGGCAUGCUGCCGUGGCCGUUGCACUGGCGAAUUUAAGGCGUCUGCCCUUGGUUGGGCAGUUGUUGCAGCGUCGCGACCAGUUUCCCACCGUGCGGCGCGUCUUUGUCGGCCACGGCGGCAACGGUCGAAUGAUGCAUGUCCUCUUGCAGCGAGUCAAUAUGGCCGACAUGCCGGAAUUGCGCAAUCAGGUGCAAGCCAUUGCUGCUGCCGCCGCGGCCGCCGCCGCCGCAAACCAGAGGGCAGCAGCAGCUGCAGUAGCGGAGGGUGGCCAGGCGAGGGCAGCAACCGACAGCAGUGCUCCAGCAACAGAACCAGCAGCAACCUCCACACCAGUCGAAACAGUAUCCGCAGCAGCAGAUGUCGAAACAAAUCAGGGGCGCAAGGAGCCGACAAGAGGCAUAAAUGAUGCAGCAGCAGCAGCAGCAGGAAUUCAGGAAGAUGAAGCUGAAACUGGUGGGGGCGGACAAAAGCCGGGCGUGUCCAAGGCGCUGGAAAAUCCAAAUUCCGUUGCGGCGGAUAUUAUAAAUGUGUCGGAUAAAACUACUGGAAAACCAGUAGUGGGUGGAAUGGCUGCCACUCAACAACCAAAUCAGGAGCUUACGACCCGAACAGGAACAGGAAACGGGACCGGGAACGGGAACGGUACCAAGACCGGUAUCGAAACCCACAUACACGUCCACUCGGUGUCCCAAUCGCUGUCCCAGCCAAAGGCAAAGCAAUUAGAAAAUAAUUUGCCAGAGUUUCUGAAAGCCGAGGGGGGACUGACAGCAGCGGCAUCAGGUGAAAAGCAAAGCUGUCCACUAGAAGCUCAUGCUAUUAUGAAUGACCAGCAGGAGAAUAACAAGCCGGACGGGGCAGCAACAGGAGCACAAGUAGCAACAACAUCAGCAGCUGCCACGUCAAAAGAAUCAACAGACGAUGGGGCUGGAGCUGGAGCAGCAGCAGCAGCAGCAGCCUGGCCAAUGAUGGAUGACAGGCAAACAGUUGAUUUUAUAGGAGGCGACAGCCCAACGUCAACAGCAAAUUGCCAACUCAAUGCUGGCCCAAACCACAAGGCAAAGAAGCAGAUGGAGAUGGAGAUGGAGAUGGAGGAGCAACAGGAGCAGAAAGACCAUCAGCAGCUAAUGAAAACUCCGCAACAUACAUCAAACCAAGUGACAACAGCAGCAGCAGCAACAUCAGCAGCAGAAGCAACAGCAGAAUACCGACAUAACUAACCGCAUAACAAGAUGUUAUACAUAAAAGAGAUAGUAAAUUUGUAGAUAA